AUGCCGACAUGCCUGAGGUGGGUCAUGAGAUCGCAAGCCACUCUGGAGAUCUAUGGACACCAGGACAUCGGGGAAGCAGGCAAGAGGGAAUAUGGGUGUGAGGUGCAGGGGAAAGGAGGCAAGAGGGAAGAUGGGUGUGAGGUGCAGGGGAAAGGAGGCAAGAGGGAAGAUGGGUGUGAGGUGCAGGGGAAAGGAGGCAAGAGGGAAGAUGGGUGUGAGGUGCAGGGGAAAGGAGGCAAGAGGGAAGAUGGGUGUGAGGUGCAGGGGAAAGGAGGCAAGAGGGAAGAUGGGUGUGAGGUGCAGGGGAAAGGAGGCAAGAGGGAAGAUGGGUGUGAGGUGCAGGGGAAAGGAGGCAAGAGGGAAGAUGGGUGUGAGGUGCAGGGGAAAGGAGGCAAGAGGGAAGAUGGGUGUGAGGUGCAGGGGAAAGGAGGCAAGGGGGACGAUGGGUGUGAGGGGCAGGGGAAAGGGAGCAAUGGGGAAGUUGAGUGUGAGUGGGAAGGAGGUAAAAUGUGA